AUGAUUAAAAGCUCACCUUCCCAUAACACGUCAUCUGUGUCUCAUUUCCGAGCUACUCCUCCAUCUUCGCCUUCUCGCUCACCAAGGCUUCUGACACCGCCCUCUCCAACCCAACAGCAACACAACACGCCAGACUCUCCCAUCCAACAACGACGAAGCAUACUCAUCACUAUGGGCUCAUGUACUUGGAAGGGCAAGAAUGGGUUCCAGUGCACGUGCACUUCUGGAUACAGUAUCUCCGAUUUGGAUGUCACUCAGGCAUCCUGUGAUGACUGCAUGCAUCCAAUGCUUCUGCACCUUAACUUUCCCAUACAUGAUGUUACUGUGCCAACUUCCCCUCGAUCCAGAAUUGCCCGCCCUUUCGAGAUACCUUCUUAUGUUAUCUCGCGAGGGAAACUAGUGGAUGAGCUUAUCGCCCGAGUCAAUCAUUAUCAUAUCGUUCGAGUGAACGGUACACCGGCAUCAGGAAAAACUAGGUAUGGUCAGGCGACGCCUAUACACUCCCUUACAGGAUGGGAUCCGAAAAUUAGUAAGAUAGGCUGGGCCGCGCAUUUGGAGCAGGAGACCGGCGUACACGGCCGCAGCUGGAUCAACUACCGAGCUUAUUUGCUUCUAGAUGAAGCGCAGCAGUCAUACUGGGACCAUGAAAUUUGGGCAGACUUUUUCAAACGUAUUGAGCCUGGUACCAGCCCGUUCAUAAUUCUAUUUAUGUCAUAUGGCUCACCACAUAGGGGCUUCUCGGGCUUUGGCAAGGAAGAGCAUGUGCAAACUCUGAUGGUCUUUGCUGCCGAGCAGCAAAUCUCCUUACGACCAGCAGAAGGCGUUGAAACUCACAGUCUGGGCCUACUACCUUGGAGGCCUGUUGGUCUCCUGCUUGACGAGGAUGAGGCUAUGGAGGUGGUAGGCUGUUACGCAUCCAUCGUCAUACGCCCAUCUAUAGCUCUAACACCAGACCUGAAACAAGGAUUCUUUGCAUGUAGUAAUGGACAUGUAGGGUUGCUAACGAGCCUCACACGUGUUCUGCAAGACGUACCGGCGCUUUAUGAGCUCGUGCGAAAUGAUGUCGCUAUCAGUUGGGCAAUAGCAAGCAAUAUUCUUUUCCGCCAGCCCCUAAAAUUUUUCGACUACAUUAAAGGUUAUCCGUUUACCCGAGGCUUACCUUCAUCGAGAAUAUUACAAGAGCAUUAUACAGCUACAGUCCUCAAGGCAGCUAUCACCUGUGAUGGUAUUUACGGAUCUAAGUUUGAAACCAAGAACGAAGAAUUGAAACAGGCUCUUAAAGGAAUCUGGCGCAAUGGAUGGCUUCAUGCUGAGAGGUCAGAUAAUGAUAUACGCUAUAUAUUUGCGAGUCAGAUUCACAGGUGGUACUGCCACUCCCUUUUCACCGCGCCUGUUCCCGACAACAACCUUAACUUUACUACACCUCUCCAACUAGCGAUCGAUACUAUUACUCAUUUCCAACCAUAUCAGCUGGCCAAUGCCCCUCGUUCCAUGGCGGUGGGGGGCAAUUUAUCGCCUCUUGAAGAUCAGUACCAGAAGGAGUUCUACCGUUGUCUUUUUCCUAUAUUGGAUGGCCACUUGAUAAUGUCACCCGAGUUUAUAAUCAAAACAGGGCCAAAGGGUGGCACAAUUGACUUCCUUAUUGCUGGGAAGAAGAAGUGGGGGUUAGAACUUCUCCGAGAACAUGAUCGGGUCGUGGAACAUAUGAGAAGGUUUGAAACAGGUGGUCAAUAUUAUAGCAUGAUACAAUCAGGGGAAAUGGAACAAUAUAUUGUUCUAGACUUCACAAAUACAGCACCAAAGAAACCUCAUCCAGAGUAUAAGGGAAAACUUUACCACGUUGUGUUUUCUGAGAACUACCGAGAAGUUGAUAUAUUUGAUACCUCGGAUCUAAGCGUCAUCAAGUCUUUCGUGUUGACAGAACAUACAACUCCAAUUAUUUAA